AUGAGUCAACAUGUAUGCGGGCAAUUUCGUAUACUUCAGUACCGAUUUACGAAACUAUACGCCUCAGAAGAGACAAUGACGAAUCUAAAUGAAAACUAUGCUGCUAAAUCAUACGUACAAUUUAAAAAAUGUGUACGACAGCAUCAGGUACUUUUGAAUUACUGCUGGAAGAUGGAAAAUGUAUUCCCACUUGUCGUACUCGGACAGGUAGUUAUCUUCAGUGUAUUAAUCUGCCUUUAUGGGUACCAAGUAUUACUGGCGCAAUCAACUUUCGCAAGACGUUUCAUCUUCAUAUCCUUCUUGAUAGGGAGUGGCUCCUUAUUAUUCAUGUUUACGCACAGCUGUCACAAGUUAACAGAAGAAAGCGCAAAUAUUGGUGAUGCAGUGUAUUCAGCAUCAUGGACCAUCAUGCCAAUGGACAAAGAUGGGAAAAUGCUACGGAACGAUUUAAAUUUCACAAUAUUGCGAUCUAGAAAAGCUUGUUGCUUAACCGCAUGCGGAUUUUUCCCUGUACAGUUGCAAACUUUUACCACGAUCGUGAGUACCGCAGUAUCGUACUUCACUUUACUCAAGCAAGGCCUAGAAGAUGCAGUUGAAACACAAUGA